CACAGUUUGUGUGUUUUAGGGGGGAGCGCGCACGUGUGUCCGUGAGAGGAGUGCGUGGAGUCGGUUCAUCCUGCUGCUCCGACCCGCAGCUUUAAACCCGAGGAGCCUCCACAUGAGCGGCUGUCGGCUCUCAGUGGACCGUGUGUCCGGAGCUGCUGCUGCCGCCUGACCCACUUCUUCCGCCGGGUAAAAGUUUGCUUCCUCUCGGAGGCUGCGGAGCUGAGCUGGAAUUGUCGGACUCUCCCCGCAACAACUGCGACAUCGCCCUGCCGUCGAAGAACCUUCUCCGCCUUCGCCUCCGUCUCGAUCCGGUCCCGGUGUCCGGUCCCGCCUCCUCGCCGCCGGGCCCCUCCGGCCCGACUCUUCCAGAACCGGAUCACUUCCUUUGUCGCAUCCCGAGGGCUCUAGAAAUAAACUGUGCAGACACGAGCCGGGCUGGGUAUGUCGGAUGAGGAUUCCCGUACCAGCACCGGCUCUUUCUCCUCGUCGUCCUCAACUCAUCAGCAUCACCUUCAGCAACAUCAGGAGGAGGACGUGACCCCCCCGAAGAAACGAGAAAGCAAAGCCAUCAUGAACAAGUCAUCCAAGCUCAUCUCCACCAGUGCUAAAAGAAUUCAGAAGGAGCUGGCCGACAUCACACUGGAUCCACCACCAAACUGCAGUGCCGGACCUAAAGGAGACAACAUCUAUGAGUGGAGGUCGACCAUCCUGGGCCCUCCAGGCUCCGUGUACGAGGGAGGAGUGUUUUUCCUGGACAUCGCCUUCACACCAGACUACCCCUUCAAACCACCCAAGGUGACGUUCCGCACCAGGAUCUACCACUGUAACAUCAACAGUCAGGGGGUGAUCUGUCUGGACAUCCUGAAGGACAACUGGAGUCCUGCCCUCACCAUCGCCAAGGUCCUGCUGUCCAUCUGCUCCCUGCUCACUGACUGCAACCCUGCCGAUCCCCUGGUUGCAAGCAUCGCCACACAGUACACAACGAACAGACCUGAACAUGACAGGAUAGCCAAACAGUGGACCAAACGCUACGCCACAUAAUCACCAGAGGGGCUGCUGCUGCUCGGACGAGUCAGGGAUGCUGGGGGGGAGACCUUGAAGUGUGGGGAUGAUUUUUAUCUCCGAAUUUAAGUCUUAACUCUUAAGAUAACUUUUGUUGUCAUUUAUUUUAUUAAAACUAUAAUCAAAUUUGGCAAUAAUGCGUUUAAAUGUUUCUCUUGUUUUGUUUUUUUUAGCUUGAAGGAUGACUGUAAAUACUAAAUGUAAUGUAAAAACUGUUUGAUGAAACUUGUCACAACAUGAUCCCUGAAAGUCAUUAUAAAUUCUCACAUGCAUUAAAGGUUCCGGUUGGA